GACUAGCGAGGAGGAGUUGAGAGAACGGAGCGGACGCCAUGGCGACCAACAUCGAGCAGAUUUUUAGGUCUUUCGUGGUCAGCAAAUUCCGGGAAAUUCAACAGGAGCUUUCCAGUGGAAGGAGUGAAGGCCAGCUCAAUGGUGAAACAAAUACUCCUAAUGAAGGAAACCAGGCAGGUGAUGCAGCUGCCUCUGCCAGGAGCCUACCAAAUGAAGAAAUAGUUCAGAAGAUAGAGGAAGUACUUUCUGGAGUCUUAGAUACAGAACUACGUUAUAAGCCAGACCUGAAGGAGGCCUCCAGAAAAAGUAGAUGUGUGUCAGUACAAACAGAUCCUACUGAUGAAAUUCCCACCAAAAAGUCAAAGAAGCAUAAAAAGCACAAAAAUAAAAAGAAGAAAAAGAAGAAAGAAAAGGAGAAAAAAUAUAAGAGACAGCCAGAAGAAUCUGAAUCAAAGGCAAAAUCACAUCAUGAUGGGAACAUAGAUUUAGAAUCGGAUUCCUUUUUGAAGUUUGAUUCUGAACCUUCAGCGAUGGCAUUAGAGCAUCCUGUAAGAGCAUUUGGCCUUUCUGAGACCAGUGAAUCUUCUGCAGUUGUGUUAGAACCUCCUGUGGUAUCAAUGGAGGUAUCAGAGCCACAUACCUUAGAAACUCUGAAGCCAGCUACAAAAACCGCAGAACUGUCAGUUGCAUCAACAUCCGUAAUUUCAGUGCUGUCAGAGCAGUCUGUGGCAGUCACGCUGGAAGCACCCAUGACAAAGAUUCUGGAUUCCUUUACAACGGCACCAGUGCCUACUACAACAGUAGUGCUAAAGUCAUCUGAGCCAGUUGUAACAAUGUCCGUGGACUAUCAAAUGAAGCCUAUGCUAAAAUCUUUGGAUACCACACCUCCAGAGCAAUCAAAGAUGUUAGAACCUCUGGUAACAAAAGGGCUAGAGCCAUCAGAAACCCUCGUGGUAUCAUCGGAGAUACCUGCUGAGGUGCACCCUGAGCCAAGCACAUCAACAGCAGUGGAUUUUCCAGAGUCGUCUGCAACUGAAGUGCUCAGAUUGCCAGAGCAGCCUGUAGAAGUACCAUCGGAGAUCGCAGAUUCAUCUAUGACAAGACCACAGGAGUUGCUGGAGUUGCCCAAGACCACAGCGUUGGAGCUGCCGGAGUCGUCGGUGGCCUCAGUGAUGGAGUUGCCGGGGCCACCUGCGACCUCCAAGCCGGAGUUGCAGGGGCCCUCUGUGACUCCAGCGCUGGAGUUACCUGGGCCCUCUGCUACCCCGUUGCCAGAGUUGCCAGGCCCCCUUUCUACCCCAGUGUCUGAGUUGCUAGGGCCCCCUGCGACAGCAGUGCCUGAGUUGCCGGGGCCCUCUGUGACAUCAGUGCCACAGUUGUCGCAGGAAUUGCCAGGGCUUCCGGCACCAUCCAUGGGGUUGGAGCCACCACAGGAGGUACCAGAGCCACCUGUGAUGGCACAGGAGUUGCCAGGGCUGCCUGCGGUGACAGCAGCGGUAGAGUUGCCAGGGCAGCCUGCGGUAACAGUAGCAAUGGAGUUGGCCGAACAGCCUGUGACGACGUCAGAGUUGGAGCAGCCUGUGGGGAUGACAGCGGUGGAACAUCCUGGGCAGCCUGAGGUGACGACGGCAACAGGGUUGCUGGGGCAGCCUGAGGCAGCGAUGGUGCUGGAGUUGCCAGGACAGCCAGUGGCAACGACAGCGCUGGAGUUGCCAGGGCAGCCUUCGGUGACUGGGGUGCCAGAGUUGCCAGGGCUGCCUUCGGCAACUAGGGCACUGGAGUUGUCAGGGCAGCCUGUGGCAACUGGGGCACUGGAGUUGCCUGGGCAGCUCAUGGCAACUGGGGCACUGGAGUUCUCGGGGCAGUCUGGGGCAGCUGGAGCCCUGGAGCUUUUGGGGCAGCCUCUAGCAACAGGGGUGCUGGAGUUGCCAGGGCAGCCUGGGGCGCCAGAGUUGCCUGGGCAGCCCGUGGCAACUGUGGCGCUGGAGAUCUCUGUUCAGUCUGUGGUGACCACAACGGAGCUGUCAACGAUGACCGUGUCGCAGUCCCUGGAGGUGCCCUCGACGACAGCGCUGGAAUCCUAUAAUACGGUAGCACAGGAGCUGCCUACUACAUUAGUGGGGGAGACUUCGGUAACAGUAGGAGUGGAUCCCUUGAUGGCCCAGGAAUCCCAUAUGUUAGCUUCUAACACCAUGGAGACCCAUAUGUUAGCGUCCAACACCAUGGACUCCCAAAUGCUAGCAUCCAACACCAUGGAUUCCCAGAUGCUAGCGUCCAACACCAUGGAUUCCCAGAUGUUAGCCUCUAGCACCAUGGACUCCCAGAUGUUAGCAACCAGCUCCAUGGACUCCCAGAUGUUAGCAACCAGCUCCAUGGAUUCCCAGAUGUUAGCUACCAGCACCAUGGAUUCCCAGAUGUUAGCAACCAGCACCAUGGACUCCCAGAUGUUAGCUACUAGCUCUAUGGAUUCUCAGAUGUUAGCAUCAGGCACUAUGGACUCUCAAAUGUUAGCCUCCGGCACCAUGGAUGCCCAGAUGUUAGCAUCUGGUACCAUGGAUGCCCAGAUGUUAGCAUCUAGUACCCAAGAUUCUGCUAUGUUGGGUUCAAAAUCUCCUGAUCCCUACAGGUUGGCUCAGGAUCCUUAUAGGUUAACUCAGGAUCCCUAUAGGUUAGGUCAUGACCCUUAUAGGUUAGGUCAUGAUGCUUACAGGUUAGGGCAGGACCCCUAUAGAUUAGGCCAUGAUCCCUACAGACUAACUCCAGAUCCCUAUAGGAUGUCACCUAGACCCUAUAGGAUAGCACCCAGGUCCUAUAGAAUAGCCCCCAGGCCGUACAGGUUAGCACCAAGACCCUUGAUGUUAGCAUCUAGACGUUCUAUGAUGAUGUCCUAUGCUGCAGAACGUUCCAUGAUGUCAUCUUACGAACGCUCUAUGAUGUCCUAUGAGCGGUCUAUGAUGUCCCCUAUGGCUGAGCGCUCUAUGAUGUCAGCCUAUGAGCGCUCUAUGAUGUCGGCCUAUGAGCGUUCUAUGAUGUCCCCUAUGGCUGAGCGCUCUAUGAUGUCAGCUUAUGAACGCUCUAUGAUGUCAGCUUACGAGCGCUCCAUGAUGUCCCCAAUGGCUGACCGAUCUAUGAUGUCCAUGGGUGCCGACCGGUCUAUGAUGUCGUCCUACUCUGCUGCUGACCGGUCUAUGAUGUCAUCGUACUCUGCAGCUGACCGAUCUAUGAUGUCAUCUUACACUGCUGAUCGUUCAAUGAUGUCUAUGGCAGCUGAUUCUUACACCGAUUCUUAUACUGAUACAUACACGGAGGCAUAUAUGGUGCCACCUUUGCCUCCUGAAGAACCUCCAACAAUGCCACCAUUGCCACCUGAGGAGCCACCAAUGACCCCACCAUUGCCUCCUGAGGAACCACCAGAGGGUCCGGCAUUACCUACUGAACAGUCAGAAUUAACAGCUGAAAAUAAUUGGCCUACAGAGGUACCAGCAUUACCUCCUGAAGAGUCUGUAUCGCUUUCUGAACCUUCUGUGAGUCAAAGUGAGAUUUCAGAGCCUUCAACGUUGCCUGCUAAUUAUUCAGUACCAGCAUCAGAUCCUUCAGUGUUAGCAUCAGAGGCCACUGUGACUGUUCCAGAACCACCAUUAGAGCCAGAGUCUUCGGUUACAUCAACACCUGUAGAGUCUGCUGUAGCAGCAGAAGAGCAACAAAUUGUUCCAGAGAGACCAGUGACUUACAUGGUGUCUGAAACUCCCGUAAUGUCAGCUGAACCAAUUGUAUUAACAUCAGAACCUUCAGUUAUGUCUGAGACAGCAGAAUCCUUUGAUUCCAUGAAACCUUCAGGACACGUUGCCUCAGAGGUAUCUCAUUCCCUCCUGGAGCCAGCCGCAACUAAUCCAGAGCCAUCACAGAGCACUCUAGAGCUGUCAGCCGUGGCUGUCUCAGAGCUACCAGCUGUGGCUGUCCCGGAGCCACCAACUGGGACUGUUCCGGAGCCCCCAGCUAUGACUGUCUUGGAGACUCCAGCCAUGGCUAUCCCGGACCCAGCAGCUGUGGUGGUCUCUGACCCAACAGCUAUGCCUAUUCCAGAACCACCCACAGCUGAGGCUGUCCCGGAGACUGUGGCCUUGGCUGAGUCAGAGCAUGUUACCAUUUCUUUGCCAGUUGUUUCUGCCCUGGAGCCUACUGUGCCUGUUCUGGAACCAGCAGUGUCAGUCCCUCAGCCUAAUGCAGUUGUUUCAGAACCAUCUGUUUCAGUUCAAGAAUCCACUGUGAUAAUUUCAGAGCCUGCUAUCACUGUCUCAGAGCAGACCCAGAUAAUAUCUACUGAGAUAGUUUCAGAGUCUACACCAAUGAUACUGGAGUCUGAUGUUAUAAAAGGACUGAAUUUACUAUCUGGUGAUCAAAAUCUUGCUCCAGAGAUUGGCAUGCAGGAGAUUCCCAUGCAUUCAGAUGAAGAGCCACAUGCUGAAGGACACCUGAAGAAUGACCCUUAUGAAAGUGAGCAUGGUACAAAUACAGAUCUUAAUGUAAAUAAUCACCUGGUUGCUAAAGGGAUGGAACAUGACACAGUGUCUGCUGCCACCACUGGUGCCGUUGGUGAAAUUGGAGAAGGGAAUAUUUUAUCCAUCAGUGAGACUCAACAGUGCAUAGUAUUGGACACCUGCUCUAGUGUUAGUGAAGCUGAUGGAGGAACUCUGUCUUCUGCUGGUCCCUUUGCUCUUGAACCUGAUGCAGUGGGAACUAGUAAGGGUAUUGAAUUUGUUACAGCAUCUACUCUCACUUCAGUUAGUAAAUAUGAUGUUGAAGUAUCUUUAACCACUCAAGAUACUGAACACGACAUGAUAAUUUCCACUAGUCCCAGUGGUGGUAGUGAAGCUGACAUAGAGGGACCUUUGCCUGCUAAAGACAUUCAUCUCGAUUUACCAUCUAAUAACUUUAUUGGUAAGGAUGUAGAAGAACCAUUACCUAUGAAAGAGUGUGACCAGACACUAGCAGUUGCUCUCAGUCCUAAAGAAAGUAGUGGAGAAGAUAAAGAAGUACCUCUUCCUCCUAAAGAGAUACUGUCUGAUUCAGGAUUUUCUGCCAAUAUUGAUGAAAUUAAUGAAGCAGAUUUAGUGAGACCAUUACUUCCUAAGGACAUGGAACGUCUUACAAGCCUUAGAGCUGGUAUUGAAGGACCUUUACUUGCAAGUGAGGUUGAGCGUGACAAAACUGCUGCCAGUCCAGUUGUAAUCAGUAUACCAGAAAGAGCUUCAGAGUCCUCUUCAGAGGAGAAAGAUGAUUAUGAGAUUUUUGUAAAAGUUAAGGACACACAUGAGAAAAGCAAGAAAAACAAGAAUCGGGACAAAGGUGAGAAAGAAAAGAAAAGAGACUCUUCAUUAAGAUCUCGAAGUAAGCGUUCCAAGUCUUCUGAACAUAAAUCACGCAAGCGUACCAGUGAAUCUCGUUCUAGGGCAAGGAAGAGAUCAUCUAAAUCCAAGUCUCAUCGCUCUCAAACACGUUCAAGAUCACGUUCAAGACGCAGGAGGAGGAGCAGCAGGUCAAGGUCAAAGUCCAGAGGAAGGCGAUCUGUAUCAAAAGAGAAGCGUAAAAGAUCCCCAAAGCACAGGUCGAAGUCCAGGGAAAGAAAGAGAAAAAGAUCAAGUUCCAGGGAUAACCGGAAAACAGUUAGAGCUCGAAGUCGCACCCCAAGUCGUCGGAGUCGGAGUCACACUCCGAGUCGUCGAAGAAGAUCUAGAUCUGUGGGGAGGAGGAGCUUUAGUAUUUCCCCCAGCCGCCGCAGCCGCACCCCCAGCCGCCGCAGCCGCACCCCCAGCCGCCGCAGCCGCACCCCUAGCCGCCGCAGCCGCACCCCAAGCCGCCGCAGCCGCACCCCCAGCCGCCGCAGCCGCACUCCUAGCCGCAGGAGAAGAUCAAGGUCUGUGGUAAGGAGACGGAGCUUUAGUAUCUCACCAGUAAGAUUAAGGAGAUCACGAACACCUUUGAGAAGAAGGUUUAGCAGAUCUCCCAUUCGUCGUAAACGAUCCAGGUCUUCUGAAAGAGGCAGAUCACCUAAACGUCUAACUGAUCUGAAUAAGGCUCAAUUACUUGAAAUAGCCAAAGCUAAUGCAGCUGCCAUGUGUGCUAAGGCUGGUGUUCCUUUACCGCCAAACCUAAAGCCUGCACCUCCACCUACAAUAGAAGAGAAAGUUGCUAAAAAGUCAGGAGGAGCUACCAUAGAAGAACUAACUGAGAAAUGCAAACAAAUCGCACAGAGUAAAGAAGAUGAUGAUGUAAUAGUGAAUAAGCCUCAUGUAUCGGAUGAAGAGGAAGAAGAACCUCCUUUUUAUCAUCAUCCCUUUAAACUCAGUGAACCCAAACCCAUUUUUUUCAAUCUGAAUAUUGCUGCAGCAAAACCAACUCCACCAAAAAGCCAGGUAACAUUAACAAAAGAGUUUCCUGUGUCAUCUGGAUCUCAACAUCGAAAAAAAGAAGCAGAUAGUGUUUAUGGAGAGUGGGUUCCUGUAGAGAAAAAUGGUGAAGAGAACAAAGAUGAUGAUAAUGUUUUCAGCAGCAAUUUGCCUUCUGAGCCUGUGGACAUCUCUACAGCAAUGAGUGAGCGGGCACUUGCUCAGAAAAGACUCAGUGAGAAUGCAUUUGACCUUGAAGCCAUGAGCAUGUUAAAUCGAGCUCAGGAAAGGAUUGAUGCCUGGGCUCAGCUGAACUCCAUUCCUGGCCAGUUCACCGGAAGCACAGGAGUACAGGUUCUGACACAGGAACAGUUGGCUAAUACUGGUGCCCAAGCCUGGAUUAAAAAGGAUCAGUUCUUAAGAGCAGCCCCAGUAACUGGAGGAAUGGGAGCCGUUUUGAUGAGAAAAAUGGGCUGGAGAGAAGGAGAAGGAUUAGGAAAAAACAAAGAAGGAAAUAAAGAACCUAUCCUAGUUGAUUUUAAGACAGACCGAAAAGGUCUUGUUGCAGUAGGAGAAAGAGCACAAAAGAGGUCUGGGAACUUCUCUGCUGCAAUGAAAGAUCUGUCAGGCAAACAUCCUGUGUCUGCUUUGAUGGAAAUCUGUAAUAAGAGAAGGUGGCAACCACCAGAAUUUCUCUUGGUCCAUGAUAGUGGCCCUGAUCACCGCAAACAUUUUCUCUUUAGGGUAUUGAUAAAUGGAAGCGCUUACCAGCCCAGCUUUGCCAGCCCUAAUAAGAAGCAUGCUAAAGCCACAGCAGCUACUGUGGUUCUUCAAGCAAUGGGCCUUGUACCAAAGGACCUCAUGGCUAAUGCCACUUGCUUCAGGAGUGCCUCACGUAGAUAGAUUGAGGUUUUAUAUUAAUCAUUUCAGAUAAUUUUACUCUGCAUCAAAAUGUAUUUCCUCUUUAAUGUUGUAAAUAUUUGGCAAUUUAAGACAUUGUGUAAAAAGCAAUCUGUACAAACAUCUCCAGGCUUUGAUUUUUGUACCAUGGAAAUUGUAUUUAACCAUACAGGGUUUUGGUAUGUUUAUAUUGUUUACCUUAGUGAUGUAUUUGUUUAAGUGGCUAACAUCCAAACGAUUGUUUGAAGGCAUCCGUAAUCUUCAGUGUGGAAUGUUAAAUAACGCUUUUAUACUGUAUUUUGUACUAUGAUGUAACCUCCCUUCCUUAUGGCUAGGCUGCUGUAACACUUGCCUGUAAUCAGUGAAGGGCUGUGCACCUUGUACUAGUUCACAAUGGGUUCUGCUGGACAGAUACUGGGCCAGUGUUAUUGAGGUAAUCAAGAUCUGUUCCACAGGGCUAAUGCCACCAUCUCCCCUUAAAAUUUUGUAAAGGUUAUAAAAAGAAGUGGUAUGUUAUGUGAUGAUCAGCACUAAGUCCUGCGUUCCCAUCAAAGCCACUUGGGCCAUGAGAAGGGAGUCAAAAUGAAGUCCGAUUAGAAUUCUACUGCAGAGGCCAAGUACAUUUAGUAUGGCAUUGAGUUGUGAUAUAGUUUUACUUUGAUGUGCAUUUUGAAUUUCAUCUACACCUAGGUAGACGUUAAAUGAUAAUUAAAAUGCUGUAACCAACUUAUCUAAUAAAAUCGGCACCCAGCCACUAUUUUGUUGACUAUGAGAAAGUUUAAGUUUAUGUUAAUUUUUAGGGUCUGAUAGAAUAUUUCAUGUGUAUUACAGUGGUAUUCAUAAUGCUAUGUCUCUAAACUUUAUUUUCAAAAGCUUAAGGCCCAAAUAUAAACUUCUCUGGAAUAAA